AAAGCAUCUGAAUUCUCUUUGGACCAUUCAACCAUCGCACUAUCGCAGCUUCUUUCUCUUCCAAUGGCGGUGCUUUUUGUUCUCUUCUGACAUCUGCUCUCUCUCAAUCCCCUCGCCACCGCAGAAGUUCUUAGUGUCUUCGAUACACGGCGGAUGGCGGUGGACAUAAUGAACGAAGACAGGACCGGCGUAGAGGAUGAGUACAUUAGUAGACACCACAAACAUGAGGUCAAGGAGAAUCAGUGUAGCUCGUGUCUGGUAAAGCACAUCAGAGCUCCUGUUUGUCUUGUAUGGUCAUUGGUGAGGAGGUUCGAUCAACCUCAGAGGUACAAGCCAUUCGUAAGCAGGUGUGUCACAGAGGGUGACCUUGAGAUUGGAAGUGUUAGAGAAGUCAAUGUUAGGUCUGGACUUCCAGCCACCACCAGCAAGGAGAGAUUAGAGCUGCUCGACGACAAUCAGCACAUACUUAGCAUGAGGAUUGUUGGCGGCGAUCACAGGCUAAGGAACUACUCUUCAAUCGUCACCGUACACCCGGACAUCGUUGAUGGUAGGCCUGGGACAUUGGUUAUUGAGUCAUUUGUUGUGGACAUCCCAGAGGGGAACACCAAGGAUGAAACAUGCUACUUCGUGGAGGCAUUAAUCAAGUGCAAUCUCAAGUCGUUGGCCGAUGUUUCUGAGCGUUUGGCAGUACAGGGCUGCACAGAGCCUAUUGACAUAAUCUGAAGAGCAUGCGGUUUUUUAUUUAGCUGCCGUGGGUUUCAAUUAUGGUUAUGGUUGGUAAGAGCACACAUGGAUUUUGAUGGGAGUGCAUGCAGAAUGAAUGGUCGGGUUUUAGCCAGUCUCCAUGUUGAAAUUUUAUAGUCAUGUUUCACUGUAAACAAUCUCAAACAUGACCAUGGUGUGUUACAUAUGCUGAAAUUUCUUUUUUCUCCUAUAUUUUGUAAUGUAAGAUGACAUCUUUUGAUGCUUGUAUGAAUGUAUAUAUGGCAAAUAUUUGUAGCUUCUCAAAUGAUCGUACUACUUUAAGAUGACAUGUCCUGCGGACUGUUCGAGUCUCAUCA